AUGUCAAUUCCUAUAUCAUCGCUUCUUACUAAUGGUUCCGCCACUCCGGCUCGUGAGCGAUGGACAUACCUAGACAGAGUAUUAUCGACUACGUCUCCAUAUGCAGGUGAAGAAUUCGUACCAGGAGAAGAAACAAUCGAUGCUCUCGAGUCAUCCAGGGUUCUCGUGAUCGGCGCUGGUGGGCUUGGAUGUGAGAUUCUCAAGAACCUGGCACUGUCAGGCUUCAAGGACAUUCAUGUCAUCGACAUGGAUACCAUCGACGUCUCCAAUCUCAAUCGACAGUUCCUCUUUCGCGAGUCAGAUGUGGGCAAAUCAAAGGCCGAGGUUGCUGCGGCCUUUGUCGAACAACGCGUCCCGGGAGUUAAGAUCACCCCCUAUAACGGAAAGAUACAGGAUAAAGACGAGGAGUACUACAUGCAGUUCAAGCUCGUGAUCUGCGGACUCGACAGCAUCGAAGCCCGGCGCUGGAUCAAUGCCACCUUGGUCGAUAUGGUCGACAUGGGCAAUCCGGAGUCUCUGAAACCUCUAAUUGAUGGCGGCACCGAAGGCUUCAAAGGGCAGGCUCGUGUCAUUCUUCCAACACUGACGUCUUGUAUUGAAUGUCAACUGUCUAUGCACGCCCCUCGUGCUGCUGUACCGCUCUGUACUCUUGCCACGAUCCCCCGACAACCGCAACAUUGUAUCGAAUGGGCCCACAUCAUCGCCUGGGAAGAACAUCGAAAAGGCGAAACCCUCGAUACCGAUGAUCCAGAACACAUCACCUGGCUCUACAACACGGCACUAGCGCGAGCGAAAGAGUUCAACAUUCCAGGCGUGACGUACUCCCUGACGCAAGGCGUGGUCAAGAACAUUAUCCCUGCCAUCGCUUCAACGAACGCUAUCAUCGCGGCUGCGUGCUGCAACGAGGCCCUCAAAAUUGCCACCUCCUGCGCCCCUUUCCUUGAAAAUUACAUGAUGUACACUGGCGACUCGAACGACUCAGGCUUAUACACGUACACCUUCGCCGCGGAGAAGAAGGAUGAUUGCCCAGUCUGCGGUAAUCUGUCUCAGGACAUUACUAUCGACCCGGAGAUGAGGCUCGAGGAGUUCCUCGCCAGCUUGGCCGAGAGAGCUGAGGCGCAACUUAAGAAGCCCAGUAUCCGGACGGAGGCUAAGACACUUUACGUUCAAGCCCCGAAAAGCCUUGAGGAGCAGACGCGGCCGAACCUAAGCAAGAAGAUGAAGGACCUGGUCAGUGAUGGGGAGGAGGUUGGGGUUGCUGAAGCCGCAUUCCAGAUCUCGUUCAAGUUCCGGCUAGUUUUUGGGAAGUGA